AUGAUGAACGCAACGAGCGACGAGGAUCCCUUCCUCCAAGUCCAAGCCGAUGUACUCUCCCUCCUCGAUACAACACGGCCACUCUUCCAAUCGUACCUACGCAUCCGCAGCUCGGCAUCUUCGGCGACGAACCCGGAGCUAGUAGAGGCGCGGCAGGAGCUGGAGCAGGCGCUGACGGACCUGACGGCGGACCUGGAGGACCUUGUGGAGAGCGUGCGCGCGGUCGAGCGCGACCCGUACCGGUUCGGCCUGGAGAUUGACGAGGUGGAGCGCCGGCGCCGGCUGGUCGAGGACGUGGGCAAGGAGGUGGAGAAGAUGCGGGCGGAGCUGGUCAAGACUAUAUCCGCCUCGGCUUCCGCCGGUGGUGCUGGCACGGGGAAGGGCAAGGAUGCGAAUCCGGACGUGUUGCCGGAUCCGGAUGGGUUUGAGGAGGACGAUGAUAUGUUGGAUGGUGAUGCGUAUGCGGCGAUGGAGCAGGAGAGGCAGAUGGAGCUCAUGCAGGAGCAGGAUCAGGCUCUUGACGGAGUGUUCCGGACAGUGGGCAAUUUAAGGAUGCAGGCGGAUGAGAUGGGGAGAGAGCUGGAGGAACAGGGAGGCAUGUUGGAAGAGGUGGACACGGUGGCAGAUCGUGUAGGCGGGAAGCUACAGAGCGGAUUGAAAAGGGUUGGAUGGGUGAUCCGGCAAAAUGAGGACAAAUACUCGAGCUGCUGCAUUGCAGUGCUGAUUUUCGUCCUCAUUCUUAUUCUAGUCCUUCUCGUUGUCCUCUGA